ACCGUGAUCACCCUCCCACAGUCACAAUGGACGCCCAAUUGCCCAUCUCACCCUACGGUUGAUCCAUAUUAGGCCUGCGGCGUCGGUCACAUGGCUCCUCUAGGGCCAAGACAAUCCGCGGCAAGCGCCAAAUGCUCCGGCUAUGUCAUUUGUUGAUAGUACCGCCUGAAGCUCCUUACGUGCCCACGUCCACCUCUUGGAGUCGUUAUAGUCACGUACGACACGCUUCUCAGGACGCGCUAUGCAACUUGCCGUGCGACCGCCAAACCAACCGUCCUCUGCUGUUUCCCGAGUCCAAGGCACCACGCCGGUGGCCGUUGUGCGCACCUGAGCACCGUCCCACUCGCCGACCUCUGCACAACGAACGGGCCACUCUAUCACUCGGGAACUUCGCGAGCACAACAUAGAACGCCAUGUCGAAUAGUCUGGAAGCAAAAAUAGUCGUGCUGGGAAGCCAGGGCGUGGGCAAAACCUCGCUCGUCCAUCGCUACGUCAAGAACGCAUUCACACCGCCUACAACCCAAUCUACAAUCGGCGCAUCGUUCUUGACCAAGCGAGUAAUGGACAUUGAUACAUCGACAGUUGUCCGUCUGCAGAUAUGGGACACAGCUGGGCAAGAAAGAUUUAGAUCUAUUUCCAAGCUAUACUAUAGAGGCGCAAACGCAGCCGUACUUUGCUAUGACAUCACCGACCCGCAAUCCUUCGAAGAAAUGGGCCGCUGGCUGAAAGAGCUCAAGACCAACCUCGGUGAUGACAUAAUCCUGCAUGUUGUAGGCACCAAAUCCGACGUCGUCGCUGAAGAUCCCUCCAGACGCAAAGUUCCGUUCGAGCGCUGCACUGCAUACGUCGCCGAGAAUCUAUAUCCCGCACAGAACAAUGCGAACGGCUGGGGCUCUGCACCGGUAGCCUUCCAGAGCGGCGGCAUGGCGUCGCCGCAGAGCAAUAGAUCGAGCGGAUUUUGGGGUCAGGAUAUUGGAUGGGACUGUUGCCAUGAGAUUAGUGCCAAGGAUGGUGAGGGAGUCGAGGAGGUUUUCCGAGUCAUUACAAGAAAGCUGGUCGAACAGCAGCAGAAGAAGGUUGAAGCAGAACACAAACAACUUGCGAUGGCUGGCGUCACUCCUGGUAUUGACAGCAACGGCAACGUGAACGGCUACUUUGACUAUCCUGGGAAUGCUAAUGGGAGCUUCAGGCUAGGCGCGGGAGACAAGAGGCGGAGUUGGCUAGGGUUUCCUACCACACCCGGUGUUGUCGGUCAUCAGCAGGAGUGGGAAGAGGAUAUUGACAGAGUCAGGAAGAACAAAGCUGGGAAGUGCUGUUGACCUAAGCUGCGCUUCACCAGUAGGUCCGGACCUGCUGCUGGUUCGCUUCCUUCAAGAGCACGUCUGGAGCGUUCGAGCAUCAUGGCCGAUUUGAUUCGAGAUACCCACCGAUGUUUUGCUAUACCCGCUUUGUUCUGGAUACCCAGUUAUGAUGCUCGAACGGUUACCAGGGGUCGCCCUCCAUUAUCUUUGUUCUUCGCGGAGCCGUAAGAGCUUCCAUUUGUUCCAUCGACCACCUUUUUUUUGUGGUUGUAAUGACUGUUUUUCUAUGUACAGCAUUAGCAUGGCAUCAUUAUGCAUUAAUACUGUUUCCAUUGU